AUGAUGAAUUUUAUGGAAAUUAUAUCCCUGGAUCCUGGAGCAAAGAAGAUUCCGGCCCUUACAUUAGGUUUGAUUGUAUUCACUUUGUUUUUGUAUCUUUUACAGGUUUAUGGAGUUUCCUUUGACAAUUUGAUUUUAUAUCCUAAUGCACCAUUGGAGUUUAAUCUUAAUAGUAUUUCCUUAUAUCCUUUGAUUCAUGUUAACUUUAUUCAUUGGUUCCUUAACAUUUGUUCGAUUGCUACUCCCUUGGCUAGAUUUGAACAAACACAUGGCACCAUAUACACAGGGAUUACCCUUAAUUUGUUGGCAGUAAUUGCGGCUAUUCAAUAUUGUAUAGUGGGAAUGUUUGUAUAUCCCAAUGUUGGAGUUGUUGGUUUGUCUGGGAUUGCAUUCCUGUUGUUUAGUUUCUUAGCAUAUAAAGAACAUCAACAUCAGCCAGUUAUAAAAUGUUUCCAUAUUGGUGCUUUUGAGGUCAAGAUUUAUGCAAUUAUCGUCCCAUUCAUUGUAGCAGUGUUGUUCAUCUUUUUAAUGCCUGGUAGUUCGUUUUUUGGACAUUUGGCUGGAAUAUCUACGGGAUAUUUGUUGGCAUUGGGGUACUUGAAAGUGUUGUAUCCUCCUUCAAAAGUAUUAUUGUUUAUAGAAGACAAGUUAUCCUCAGGAAUAGACUUACUUGAACCAUUGGUUGAUUAUUAUAAGGAAAAUGAUUCAGUUCAUGUUCGAAGCGCUCAAUAUUCUCUGUUGUUUAUGAAUGAUAUAGAGCUGAGUGCAAUGAAUUCCAACCCAAGUGUGGUACCACCCGCGUAUCUUAGUGAGACAAGAGUAUUGGGAACAUCAGAGAAUGCUUAG